AUGUGGAAUUCUCCCAAAGUCGGCGUGCUCGGUGGCGGGCAACUGGGCAGAAUGCUCAUGGAGUCCGCCAACCGACUGAAUAUCCAAAUGAACAUCCUGGAUGCGGAGAAUGCGCCGGCGAAACAGAUCAGUGCUCACGACGGCCAUGUGGUCGGGUCAUUCAAUGACCGUGAAUCCGUCCACAAGCUUGCAAAGAUCUCCGAUGUCUUGACGGCCGAGAUCGAGCAUGUGGACACCCAUGCCCUCGAAGAGGUGGCCUCCGAGGUCAGGAUUGAGCCCAGCUGGAAGGCCAUCCGGAUCAUUCAGAAUAAAUUUGAGCAGAAGAAGUACCUGUCAAAAUACAAUAUCCCAAUGGCGGACUACCGCGAGCUCGUGCAAAACUCGCCAGAGGAGCUGGCGGAAAUCGGUGAGCAGCUGGGCUUUCCUCUGAUGCUGAAAUCGAAGACUCUUGCAUACGAUGGCCGGGGUAACUACCCUGUCAAGUCCAAGGAGGAUAUCCCCGCGGCCCUUGAAGCUUUGAAGAAUCGCCCCUUGUACGCAGAGAAGUGGGUUAACUUCAAGAUGGAAUUGGCGGUCAUGGUUGUAAAAACCAAUGACAGCGUCCUCUCUUAUCCUACAGUGGAAACUGUGCAGGAGGACUCAAUAUGCAAGCUCGUCUACGCACCAGCACGGAAUGUGUCUGACGCCAUCAACCAAAAAGCUCAAGAAUUGGCCCGCAAUGCAGUGGCUGCCUUUGAAGGGAAAGGUGUGUUUGGGGUCGAGAUGUUUCUGCUCGAGGAUGACUCGAUCUUUUUGUGUGAGAUUGCGAGCCGGAUCCACAACUCCGGCCACUAUACGAUUGAGGGCUGUGCACUUUCCCAGUUUGAUGCCCAUCUGAGGGCCAUUCUCGAUCUCCCGAUUCCUCCGAAGAGCCUUGAACUCCGGCAGCCGUCGAUCAUGCUCAACAUUAUCGGCGGGGCAACGCCAGACUCGCACCUGAAAGUGGCAGAAAAAGCGCUUUCGAUACCGAACGCCAGCAUCCAUCUUUACAGCAAAGGCGCCGCCAGGCCAGGGCGGAAGAUGGGCCAUGUGACUGUCACGGCCGCUACAAUGCACGAGGCGGAGACGAUCAUCCAGCCUCUGAUUGAUGUUGUGGAUGAGAUUCGCGCUCAGCGCAGCGAUAUCAAGACGCCGCCGCAGAAAUCGGGUCCUUCGAAGCCCGCGCCCACCGUUGGGGUUGUCAUGGGCUCCGACAGCGACCUGAAGACCUUGGUGCCGGGCCUUAAGCUUCUGAGAGAUUACUUUGGCAUUGAGCCGGAGGUUGACAUUACGUCUGCGCAUCGGACGCCUACGUAUAUGGCGGAAUAUGCCUCGAAGGCGGCGUCUCGCGGCAUCAAGGUCAUCAUCGCUGCGGCAGGGGGAGCGGCACAUCUGCCUGGCAUGGCGGCGGCCCACACGUCUCUUCCGGUGAUUGGGGUUCCGGUGAAAGGCAGCGCUUUGGAUGGAGUUGACAGUUUGUACAGCAUUGUGCAGAUGCCACGAGGCGUACCCGUCGCGACCGUCGGAAUCAACAACAGCAUCAAUGCGGCCUUACUGGCGGCACGAUUCCUGGGCUCUUUCGACCCCACCAUCCGUCGCAAGGUGGAGGAGUACGCAGAGAACGCCAAGACAGAGAACCUGGAGGUGAAGGGGGCGAAGAUGCGAGAAAUCGGAUAUAACGAUUGGCAUGUCAAGUACCUUGACAAUAUAGAUAGAGAAGAAAGAUAUAUGCUGAAUUUGAUAUCAUGUGAUGCCAAUGCUAUUCUAUAUCCAUCAAUCUACAUCUACAUUACCUUAUCAGUCCAGGCUCAUUCGAUUGGUACAAAGGAUUGGACCCGUACUCCGUACUGUAUAAUAUUACCUGCUAAUCAUCCUACGGAGUAUUCAUUUCUAUUAAUAGCGUCAAUUAGUAGGUACCCACGGUUACCGGUGUAUACACAUUACGCACAAGUGGGCAAAAAGCGUAUCCUAUCUUUCCAUGGAAGUAAGCGGGAAGCCGAAACUGAAAGGGGGAAGCCCGAUGAGGGCAAAAAAAAGGAAAAGAGAAGAAAAAGGAAAAGUGCGAGCGGGCUGGAGACUGGAGUGCAAGUUCCGGAUCCAUUCAGAUCAGAUUCUUGCUAA